CCUGAACCUUUCUAAGGACACUCAAUCAAAAAAGGACAAUUCUCUAGCUCAGUUCCGACCAACCUAAAGGAUGGAGAAGUUAAUGAAGUACGCUAGCUUCUUCUACACAGCAGUGGGCAUACGGCCAUAUACCAAUGGUGAAGAGUCUGAAAUGAGCAAACUUAUAUUUCGCGUAGUUUUUUGGUCCAAUGUGAUUAACCUGGGCUUCGUUGGAUUAUUUGAGAGCGUUUACGUUUACAGUGCCUUCAAGGAUAAUAAGUUCCUGGAAGCAGUCACAGCGUUGUCCUACAUUGGUUUCGUCACCGUAGGCAUGAGCAAGAUGUUCUUCAUCCGGUGGAAGAAAACGGCUAUAAAUGAACUGAUUAAUGAACUGAAGGAGAUCUAUCCGAAUGGUUUGAUCCAAGAGGAAAGAUACAACCUGCCGAUCUACCUGGGCACCUGCUCCAGAAUCAGCCUUACCUAUUCCUUGCUCUACUCUGUUCUCAUCUGGACAUUCAACUUGUUUUGUGUAAUGGAGUAUUGGGUCUAUGACAAGUGGCUCAACAUUCGAGUGGUGGGCAAACAGUUGCCGUACCUCAUGUACAUUCCUUGGAAAUGGCAGGAUAACUGGUCGUACUAUCCACUGUUAUUCUCCCAGAAUUUCGCAGGAUACACAUCUGCAGCUGGUCAAAUUUCAACCGAUGUCUUGCUCUGCGCGGUGGCCACUCAGUUGGUAAUGCACUUCGACUUUCUCUCAAAUAGUAUGGAACGCCACGAACUGAGUGGAGAUUGGAAGAAGGACUCCCGAUUUCUGGUGGAUAUUGUUAGGUAUCACGAACGUAUCCUCCGCCUUUCAGAUGCAGUGAACGAUAUAUUUGGCAUCCCACUACUACUCAACUUCAUGGUAUCCUCGUUCGUCAUCUGCUUCGUGGGAUUCCAGAUGACUGUUGGAGUUCCGCCGGAUAUAGUUGUGAAGCUCUUCCUAUUCCUUGUCUCUUCGAUGAGUCAGGUCUAUUUGAUUUGUCACUAUGGUCAACUUGUGGCAGAUGCUAGCUAUGGAUUUUCGGUUGCGACCUACAAUCAGAAGUGGUAUAAAGCCGAUGUGCGCUAUAAACGAGCCUUGGUUAUUAUGAUAGCUAGAUCGCAGAAGGUAACUUUUCUAAAGGCCACUAUAUUCUUGGAUAUUACCAGAUCCACUAUGACAGAUCUGCUUCAAAUAUCGUACAAGUUCUUCGCCCUGCUGCGCACCAUGUAUACCCAAUAGGGAUGACCAGGAAAGAUCCCUCAAUUCCUAAUCCCGCCUCUAUGUGCCUCGCACAAUGCUUUCAAAGGCUCAACGCGAACUUAAUUAUGCGGAGGCACGAGCUCCACGCAUGUCCAUCGCCUCCUCUUCGACACAGGCAAAAAACGUAGUAAUCUUUUUAGCGCAGCGAGCUGCCACUGAAAAGGCAGUUCUACGGCUCCACUGGAAAGCGAGAAAAUAUGUUGCUACAAAAGAAAAUUGCAGAGUACAUUUUACACUUCACUGCACACAAGUGGCGCUUAUGAGUUUUCACUGCUCGUUGUGCUCUAUAUUGAAGUCAGCUUGAUUUCCCUUUAAAUUGAAGAAUCAGAGCUUGGCUCAUUUUGAAAUACUUUAAGGUAGCUGCACCUAAGUUAGCACAAAAUAUACGAUAGCAAGAAAGCGUUUAAAU